AUGAUCCUACUUCCGGAGGCCGACAGGGCCAAAGACAUUGCUGCUAUCCUCGAGCGCUUUCGCAAUUAUGAUCGUGACAAUGGCAUCACCGAUGCAAUCGGCUAUCUCAACGAUCUUCGCCAUUUCCUGCGCGAUCUCGACAGGUCCAUUGUUGCCCGCAACGGUGUCAUUGACAAUGUCGACCUGAUCGACGACUUGGAAUUGCUGCAGCAUAGUGUCGCUUAUACGUUGCAAGAUGUGUGGGCGAUUCUCGGCCAGAUGCCCGAUCAGCCUAUAGGGCAUGAUUGUCGAGCGGCAUGGAGGGAGAUUGAGAGACACUGCAAAAGCUCGAGGCAGCAGAGUCUUGUCGGAAGACUGAAAAUGUACAACCUAUUUGCUUCAGCACUGCUGCGACAACUCAACAGCCACCAACCCCCUGUGGAUCUCAUCGAAGAUCUCAGAGUAGAUCUCUUAACGCUCCGACGAGCACAGCUCAAUGAUCGAAGAUUGAUUACGGCUACAGACGCCAUCGCCGACCUGACCGCCCUCACCGUUCGCACUCCCAUUCUCCCACCUGCCCUCUUAUCACCACGGGCCAACAUUGAGACCAAUGUGUCGUGGGAUUCCAUCCAACGACCAUCUUUGUCGAACCCACCCAUGUCUCCAGUUUCACCAACAACUACAUUCUCCACUGCUGGUACUGCCUCGAGUGCUGACGCUGAAACGAAGCAUUGGGCUGGUCACAUCUUCAAGGACCUUCCUUCCACCGACAUCCGAGACAGAAAGAACAAGGACAAGGUCUCGGAGUGCUACCCGAUGGGCCGUGGUGAUGGCGACCCUAUGCCUGAACCUGACGAGUAUGAAUGUGUAGUCAAGAUGAAAAUCCGCGACUUCCGAUGCUGUUUCUGGAUUCGUCAUCGCGACUUUCGUACCAAGAUAUCUUGCCACUGGCCGAAGAGCCGUGGAUCUGGUUCACUACAGUCGGCCUGUCUACCGCUAAGCGAACUCCAUUCACGACGAGACGGCUCGAUGCUGUUUUUGUGUCGGGCAGUCGCCGGCGUGGGCCAAAACACGGCGUGGGCGGCUUUCAAGUUCCCCAGCAUUGAAUUCUUGAUCAUAUUUCACUGUACAUUCAUCGCAUUGCGAUCCUAUGACGGUCGCCGACGUGUGGCGGCUAAUUUCGACCACAGCCUAGCAAAUGAAGAGCUCAUCUUUUCUGCGCCCAUUGACGACAGCGGAUACCACCAUUGCCUGCGAUUCCUCCGAGAGAAAAUCACUGGCGUGCUGCGGCUCGAAGCCUCUAUUUUCGAUGGCGAGCACAAAAACGUACCCAUAUGGACCGCGUUUGUAACCCAUCACAUCACGUCUGCCCGUUGGGUCAAGAAAUCAACAUCUCGAACCAAAGUCUACUUAUCUGAUCUAAAGCGUCACAUAUUCUCGCCACGGUAUACGCCUCCGAUGGCCAGUGGUGACCACGUCCUGCAGUUCGAUGAGCCAAGAGACGCCGAGUGUUUCGAGAAAUUCCUCCGCGAUUACGGCAAGGAGUAUCGGAAAGAGGCUGCUUCCUAA